AUGCCUGCUGCUUCCGAUACAGAGGAAGAACAACCUAUGCUGCCUCUUCCUGGUGCUCCAUCCUCAUCAUGGGCUCAAUUCUGCCAGCGAUUCCGUGCCUUGUUCAGCGGCGCGGAUCCUCGCGUCUGCGUCGCCUUUUGGCUCUUUGGCCUAAUUAACAAUGUCCUGUAUGUUGUUAUCCUGUCUGCCGCCCUCGAUCUGGUCGGGCCCAGUGUCCCCAAGGGAGUCGUCCUUCUAGCGGACGUGAUACCCUCGUUCGCAACGAAACUCAUCGCCCCGUACUUCAUCCAUAUGGUGCCCUACCCGGUGCGAAUCAUCAUAUUCGUCUUCCUCUCUGCCACUGGCAUGCUCCUAGUUGCGCUGAGCCCUCCGUAUACCGAUGGCGGGACGAUAGCCACUAAACUUGCUGGUAUUGUGCUGGCUAGCUUGUCCAGCGGAGGUGGAGAGCUGAGCUUCGUUGGAUUGACACAUUUCUAUGGCCCUUUCAGUCUGGCUGCCUGGGGAAGUGGAACAGGAGCGGCUGGUCUGGUUGGAGCUGGUGCGUACGCCCUGGCCACUACCUCGUUGGGUCUCAGUGUGAAGGCCACUCUGUUGGCAUCUUCAUGUCUACCAGCGGUCAUGGUAGUCAGCUUUUUCAUGGUCCUGCCAAGAUCUCCUCUGCAGCCUAUUUCGGCCGCAUACGCUGGGUACCGUGCGGUCGAGGAAAGAGAGGAGCUCGCGGAGGAACGCGAAUUCAUGGAGGGCGACCGUGACGCGACUUUCGACGAGGGGGAACGACUUUUGGGAGCUUCGAAUCUUUUCAAUCAGAGCAAAAAAGCCGGUUGGCAGCGUUUCAAGGCGGACUUGAAACGUGUUCGGGGCCUUUUCUUCCCAUUUAUGCUUCCACUACUUCUGGUCUACGUCGCGGAGUAUACGAUAAACCAAGGAGUGUCUCCGACACUGCUCUUUCCGCUUGACGAAUCGCCUUUUGCGCAUUUCCGUGCGUUUUAUCCAGCAUACAAUGCGAUCUACCAGGUGGGGGUCUUUAUCUCUCGAUCCUCCACACCUUUUUUCCGUAUCCAUGACCUCUACCUCCCGUCUUUCCUGCAGAUUCUGAACUUGGUACUACUGACCCUUCAAGCCGUUUUCAACUUCAUUCCCAGUGUGUAUAUCAUUUUUAUUAUCAUCUUCUGGGAGGGAUUAUUGGGCGGUUUGGUCUAUGUCAACACAUUCGCUGAGAUCGGAGAUCGUGUGCCAAAGGAAGAGCGCGAAUUCUCCCUAGGAGCGACAACAGUCAGCGAUGCAGCAGGUAUCUGCAUUGCUGGCUUCGUCAGUAUGGUUUUCGAAGUCUGGCUUUGUGACUGGCAAGUCACACAUGGGCGGGACUACUGCCGGAGAAUAUAG